AUGAACCGCGUUGGGUGGUAUACUUAUCCUUACAACCCACAUAUCCUGGUCGGGACAUAUGCGGCAUUCCCCCAUCAUGGAGGCUUCAGAUACAUGGUACCAGUCACCACUCAUCCUGUCGCCCCUGACCAUCCGAUUUCUUCGCAGUGGGAUGUCGUCUCAGGCCGUAUCAUAGAAAUUCUGGACCGUGUAGGGACUCAGUGGGUGGCCGUUGAAUGCUUUGAGCGGCGCCAGGUGCACAAUGAUAGGCACAGGGGAGAACACGCGGAGACACGCGAGACCACGGUCCUUAUUACGGUGCUGGAGUUCCCUUAUAUUGAUUCCGACUAUAAAAAGAUACUUCAUGAAAUCUACGAAUGCUCAGGAGGGCUCUUCAUUGAGCUGUUGGGGGGAACUGUCUGGUGCGGCGCAACGGAGACUGCCUAUGGAUGGUCCAUCAACGUACGUGAUCUGCGCUUCCCAGAUGCCAGUGACGAUAAGGGUGGGAAGCUAUGGGGUCCCUAUGGGGGUAAUCUAUCCUCCAACACCUAUGUUGCUACGGAUGGGAUUGACAAGUCCCUGGGAAACUUCAGCUGUUAUCUGCUCCUGUCCAAGCCUGGCGAGGAAUUUGCCUCGGAUGUUAAGGAGUGCUGUUUGGCAUGCCAUCAUGCUGUCAGCCUACGCAGGGGGAGGUUCACCCGUACUGGCAAAGAGCUAAGGAAGAAUAUCAGAAUCCGAUGCCCAACUACCCAAGAGUUCGCAAUAGACACCUUUGGGAAGCUUGUCGAUGACCCCGAGUAUGAGGACGAGGAAGAGGAGCACAUUGGCAACGUUCUUGCUAGCUCUGGUUUAGCAGUAUCAAAGGACGACAACUGCAGGUUAGAUUGGGCAGUGGUUCUCUGCCAGCCAGGGAAAUGCGGAAAAAACGUUAGUAUGGGCAACGUGCAUCGAAACAGGACAACAGUAACAAUCGACCGUUGGGCCAGACCUACUGGUAACAGUGAGAUCUAUCUUGCUGGAAGAAGAGAGAAGGGAUAUCUUAACACGGUGAAGAGCUGUAUCUGUUAUAGGAAUGCCGGUCAAGAAACUAGAACCAAAGAGUGGGCAGCUAUCGGUGGAGGCAAGGGGCAUUUCGUCUACAACGACCCCUGCGGCCAGCUCGUUGUUGGGAAGUCCAACAACGAGGCUCUCGGAGUCGUCUGGGGAGGAACCAGAUCCAAACUGACGAUUGAUGUAGCGGCGAUAUAUAUCACACCGCUGCACAUCAUUGCCCAGGGCAUCCGUGAGGCAACUGGCUACAAUGUUUCGCUCGCUGGGGGGUCUAAAAUUGUCUGA